AAACCAAAUCCAAAUCAAAUAAAUUAAAAGAAAGAGUACAAUAUUCUAGAGUGAGGAUACGUGCCCAUUUGUGUAGACACAAGAACACUGGAAAUGGCUUCUCUUUUUCAUCCUCCUCCAUCUCUCACAUUCCGCAAAAUUUGCCACUCUCCUUCUUCUUCUUCCAAUCCCAUCAAAGCAUCACACUCCCAUUCACGAAUUUCAGUCCAGAAUGAAAACCCACCUCUCAAAUUAUCCAAAAUUUCAGAAUUUUCAUCCAAGACUUUAAAUUUUUUGCUCUCUGGUUCUUUAGCUUUCUGUCUCUCACUCACAGGAGUUGGUAUUGCUGAGGGAAAGGUUGGCGUGAACAAGCCGGAAUUGCUUCCUAAGGAGUUUACUCCAGUUAUUGAUGUUGCUGGCUUCCUCUCGGAUGGUCAGGAGAAAAGACUUGCACAAGAAAUCACAGAUAUAGAAAAGGAUACUGGUUAUAAGCUGAGAGUUCUAGCUCAGAACUACCCUGAUACACCUGGAUUAGCUAUCAAAGAUUUUUGGCAAGUGGAUGACAGAACUAUAGUUUUUGUUGCUGAUCCUACAUUUGGAAACAUACUGAAUUUCAACGUUGGAGCUACUGUGGAUCUCGAUAUUCCACGUAGUUUCUGGAGCCGUUUGGCAGGGACAUACGGAAACAUGUUUUAUUGGAAAGAAAAGGGUGAAGACGCGUCUAUUGAGGCUGCUGUUAUGGCUAUAUCAAGCUGCUUGAGAGAACCAGUUGGUCCGAAUAAUUGCUCAGAGGUAAAUUAAUAUCCGUGUGACACUGCAGAGCUUGUUCCACUUUUCAAUUGAUCUCUGUACAGCAUAUUUGUCGAUAAGAUGUACAUCAAAAGAUGGAUCAAUAUAGCGUCAUACGGUGUAUCUUUUUUACUGCCAUUGUAAAGGAAAAAAGGAUGAGAGAUACUAUAGACCAUCUAUUUUCUGGAAUUUGAACUUGUGAUAUUGGUUCAUUGGUAGAGAAUUGCAUUCUAUUUGAAAGAAAAUUUCUCACUGA